AUGACUGCCCAGAGAGAGUCGACUGUGCCAACUGUUAGAAGAGCGAACAUCACCAUUGACUCGGAUAGGCACAUUGCACUACGUAUGGUAGUUUAUUUCCAGAAAAGAACUGAGAAGAAAGUUGCCCUGCCUAUAGAAAAGUCCCAGAAAGGUUUCCCAGAGUGCGAGUGCAGAGAACUGGCCUUGGGCUGCUGGAAACCAAGACCCGAGGACACAGCCACUUCUCAGGGAGGAGAGGGCUCUGGUGGAUCCCUGAGAGCGCCCUUGAGGGAGAAGGCUCUGAGAGGGCCCGGAGCAAUCCCCGUGCAGCAGCGGUUACCGUCCCCCGGGCGCGCGCGCCCCUUCCCGGGCCCCUGCUCCGCCGGCUCCCGCGAGCCAGGACAUCAGCCUCGCGCCCCUCAACUCCCACGCGGGUCUCGGGUUCGACCACCCCGGCCCCACCCAGCCCAGGGCUGCCGCAGCCCACUUGCCUUCCCAGUAACGGUUUCUGGACCCGUGGCCUCCGACCCCUCCCCCUCUCCCGGCUCCCGGAGCCGCAGUGCCGCGCCGUUAGGAGAGGGCGGCGCGGGCGGGGAGGGCGAGCGGCGGGGCGCCAGCGACCAGCCCGAGACGCGCUCGGUGUGUAGCAGCCGCAGCAGCAGCAGCGGCGGUGGCGACCAGCGCGCCGGGCACCAGCACCAGCACCACCAGCCCAUCUGCAAGAUCUGCUUCCAGGGCGCCGAGCAGGGGGAGUUGUUAAAUCCCUGCCGAUGUGACGGAUCCGUUCGGUACACACAUCAGCUGUGCCUGCUGAAAUGGAUCAGUGAGAGGGGUUCCUGGACCUGUGAGCUCUGCUGUUACAGAUACCAUGUCAUAGCCAUUAAAAUGAAACAGCCUUGCCAGUGGCAAAGCAUUUCUAUAACACUGGUUGAGAAAGUUCAGAUGAUUGCUGUAAUCCUAGGAUCCCUGUUCUUAAUAGCAAGUAUGACCUGGCUCCUCUGGUCUGCCUUCAGCCCCUAUGCAGUGUGGCAGAGGAAGGACAUCCUUUUUCAAAUCUGCUAUGGAAUGUAUGGUUUUAUGGAUCUAGUGUGCAUAGGUCUCAUUGUCCACGAAGGAGCUGCAGUUUACAGAGUGUUUAAGCGCUGGCGGGCUGUUAACUUACACUGGGAUGUAUUGAAUUAUGAUAAAGCCACAGACAUCGAAGAAAGUAGCCGGGGAGAGUCUUCCACAAGCAGGACUUUAUGGUUGCCACUGACGGCCCUGCGGAACAGGAACUUGGUCCACCCGACGCAGUUAACUUCCCCCAGGUUUCAGUGUGGCUAUGUGUUACUGCACCUGUUCAACCGGAUGAGGCCCCAUGAAGAUCUGUCCGAAGAUAACAGCUCAGGGGAGGUUGUGAUGAGAGUGACUUCUGUGUGA